AUGCUUGGAUGCAAACCAACCUCAACUCCUAUGAACUCCAACAAAAAGGUUGGAUCAGUAAUUGACAGCCCACCUACAGAUAGGGGGAGAUACCAACGAUUAGUGGGACGCUUGAUCUACCUAUCACAUACACGGCCUGACAUUGGUUUCGCAGUUCGUGUUGUCAACCAGUUUAUGAACAAUCCUACUGAAGAACACAUGGAGGCUGUUACGAGAAUUCUUAGGUACCUCAAGAUGAAUACAGGAAAAGGUCUACUAUUCAAGAAAAAUAGCACCAAAGAGAUUAACAUCUAUACCGAUGCAGAUUGGGCUGGAGGUGCAACUCAUGGAAGGAGUACUUCAGGAUACUGCUCUUAUGUUUGGGGUAAUCUAGUGACAUGGAGAAGCAAGAAACAAUCUGUGGUCUCUAGAAGUACAGCAGAAUCAGAGUUGAGAGCAUUGGCUUUAGGUAUUUGUGAAGGAAUCUGGCUAAAAAGACUACUGGUGGAAUUAGGACUCUUUACAGGAGGUUCUAUAAAAAUGUUUUGUGAUAAUCAAGCUGCAAUUAACAUUGCUAAGAAUCCUGUCCAUCAUGACAAGACAAAACAUGUUGAGAUAGAUCGACAUUUCAUCACUGAGAAGAUUGAAAAUGCUAUAAUUCAAACCAUUUAUACUCCAUCAAGACUUCAAAUAGCUGAUAUUCUCACCAAGGCCCUUCCAAGGAAUGUCUUUGAUAAACUAGUAUGCAAGCUGGGAAUGUUUGACAUACAUAACCCAGCUUGA